UAGAAACCGUUGAGCCAGAGCGGCAGCUGAGGCGGAGGAGUGAUAGAGUAGCGUGGCAAUGUUUCUCCAGUAUUACUUGAACGAGCAGGGAGACCGGGUGUAUACGUUGAAGAAAUUUGACCCAAUGGGACAACAGACAUGCUCAGCCCAUCCUGCUCGGUUCUCCCCAGACGACAAGUACUCGCGACACCGAAUCACCAUCAAGAAGCGCUUCAAGGUGCUCAUGACCCAGCAGCCGCGCCCUGUCCUCUGAGGAAGGUUCCUCCUGUCUCCUGUCUCGUCUGCCUCCUGCUGCCCUUCGAGACUCCAUAACCAGCCGUCAGUCCGUGAGCCCUGAAGGCUUCUUACCAUCAGCAUCUUUGGAAUCCAGUCUCUUCAUUGCCUUUGAUAAUGCAGUGUGUGGCAGUAAUGGUGGCAUCCCCGUUAAAGGAAACAUGUUUUGAAUUAUUGCCAGGUCAUUAAAGAUAAAAUAGUUCGAAAGA